AUGUUCUCCUCGGCACUCAAGUCGAUAUCAUCGACCAACAUCACUGCGAACUACUCCAUCUCCUCGACCCAGACCUCGUCCGCCGGCCCAUGGAAGAUUUAUGACUGCAAGAAGAAGUCUACCGGAAAACCAUACAGCGUAUUUGUGUUUGACAAGAAGGGACUCGACAACCAUGGAAGCAGUCUAGGCAGAUCAAGCGCGUCCGCCUUCAAGCGAGCCACUGAGGAGGUUAUCGAGCGCCUGAAGAAGGAAGCCUCCAGCUUGGCGAAGCUGAGACACCCGAGCGUUCUAGAGCUCGUCGAGCCAGUGGAAGAAACAAGAGGUGGUGGACUACAAUUCGUCACGGAAGCUGUCACGGGCUCUCUGGCGGCUCUGCUGCAAGAGAAGGACGACCAGGAACGGAGUGGUGGGGUUGGCGGUCGGUCGAGUCGUUAUGUCACCGAAGAUUCUGAUGGUGUGCGCCGGCGGCGCGAGUUGGAGAUUGACGAGCUCGAGAUCCAGAAGGGUCUCUUGCAAAUCAGCAAAGCUCUGGAGUUCUUACACGAGAACGCUGGGUUGGUGCACGGAAACCUGACACCAGACGCCAUCAUCGUGAACGCCAAGUCCGAUUGGAAAAUCAGUGGUCUCGCUUUCUGCGCGCCGUCAGAGGGGUCCAACAAGCCGACCUCCUUUCAACCCAUCAGCCUGUCAGAGGUGCUCAACCCAGACCCUCGACUGCCUCGUUUUGUGCAGCUGAACCUCGACUACACCUCUCCCGACUUUGUCAUUGACAACAACUUUACCCACUUUGCCGACAUGUUCUCAUUAGGUCUCCUAGCCGUGGCCCUUUACAACUCACCACAUCAGUCUCCCAUCGAAGCUCACGGCAGCUUAUCAACAUACAAGAGAACAUUCGCCUCGUCAUCCACAGUACCGUCUGCUACCAACCAAUUCUUAUCAUCACGACCUUUACCCAAGGAGCUGGUUCAACAUGUUUUGCCGCGCCUGAUAACACGACGACCUGCUCAGCGCCUCACAGCAAAGGAAUUUCAAGAAAGUGAAUACUUCAACAACGUGCUUGUUUCGACAAUCAGGUUUUUGGACGCUUUCCCAGCAAAGACUCCAAACGAGAAGGCUCAGUUCAUGAGGGGACUAGUCAAGGUUAUGCCUUCAUUCCCCAAGACUGUUAUGGAGAAGAAGUUAUUACCAGCGUUGCUUGAAGAGAUGAAAGACAAGGAUCUUAUAGCGUUGAUUCUUCAAAACGUCUUCACCAUCGUUGAUUUACUACCCUCUGCGAGGAGGGUGUUUGCCGAAAAAGUACGGCCAGCAUUGAAAGCAACAUUUGCCCCACCCCCGAAGAAGGACCAGGCUCCUGAGAGGGACCCGACGAAGGAUGCUGGGUUGAUGGUUGUGCUCGAACACAUGUCUACAAUCUGCAACAACUGCAAUGGCAAGGAGUUCACUGAUGCAAUCGAAGCACCAACACCGGCCGUUGUUGACGCGGCCCUGAGAGGUCUACCUUCUAUUCUACCAGUUCUCGACUUUAGCACCAUCAAGAAUGAGCUAUUCCCAGUCAUUGCGGCCGUGUUUAGCAAAACGAGUAGUUUGGCCAUCAAGGUGCGCGGCUGCCAAGCAUUCGUCGUCCUGUGUGGCGGAACAUCCGACGCGGAAGACGAUGGCCUCGAUGCUUUCGGUACUUCAAAGAAGAAAUCAACUUCGUCCUCUAGCAUGCUGGAUAAAUACACCAUGCAGGAGAAGAUCAUCCCGUUGAUCAAGGCUAUCAAAACGAAAGAGCCUGCGGUCAUGAUGGCAGCCCACGGCGUUCUGCGAGUUGUAGGUGAAGCAGCCGAUGCCGAGUUUGUGGCGAUUGACAUCCUUCCCAUUCUGUGGCAUAUGAGUCUCGGCCCUUUGCUCAAUCUCAAACAGUUCCAGAGCUUCAUGGACCUUAUCAAGAAGUUAUCCAAAAGAGUGGAAGACGAACAGACUAGGAAGUUGCAAGAGCUCUCUGGUACCAACGGCAGCACUGCCGGGGCUAAUGAGGACUUCAUGGCCUUUGGCGGCGUCAGUGGGACCUCUUUUGAUGCCUCCAAUGGAGCGACAGAAGACGAUUUUGAGAGCCUUGUCAAGGGCAAAACGACACGAACGUCAACUUCGGAUGCAUUCUCUAGCUGGGAAGAGACACCCGCUGCGGCAGCCAGAGUUACCUCGCCCGCGCCCGGGAGUAGGUCAGCAACUCCGGCCUUUGCGUGGUCAACUCCGAGUCCUACUCAGACAGCACCACCUCCAGCGCCUAAGCCUCAACCUAGUUUCCGGACGGUGACGCCUGACAUGGGUUCUUUCCAAACCAUGACUCCAACAUCGACUCAAUUCUCUAAACCUCUGCAGCCAACUUCGCCAAUGUCGCAGCCAGCCGCACAGCCCAGCUCAUCCAUCAACUGGUCCACGGCGUCGGCAGCAACUUCUAAUCCGUGGUCGUCGUCGUCAACAUCAACGCCGGCCUUCUCGGCCGGUAACUCCAUGUCGCCACCUCCGAGCUCCGCUUUUGGUGGAAUGACUACGCCCAUGUCCAACAUGUCGCUCGGUGGGCAAAGACCAGGCAUGUCACAGUCAUCUUCGUUUUCCCUGCCGCCACCGCCCGCCGGUAAUUCGACGGGUGGCUUUUCCGGAUCUUCCGGCUAG